CAAAAUACGUGACCAAUGCAAAUUGGUGACUUUUCUGUCACCAUCAAGCUUUUGAGCUCCCUACCAGCUAGCUAACGCAAACAAGCCAAGCAGCAAGCAGGGGAUUGAUGUGUGUGUUUGUGCGGUCAUCUUUCUGCUUUUAGCUCUCUUGAUAUCCGUCGCAUAACCCGCAUUUCUUUUACACCUGUCUCAUUUCUUCUUUGGUAGUCAUACAACAAUAUAAAACUGAAGUUGCUUUGGUAAAGCACCGAUUUCCCCAUCCCUUCCUAUUAUUCUUAUUCUUUUGAGUAUUCUUCAUUGUCAAGCCGCCAAAGUGGAGAGUGUGAUUGCAGAAGGGGGUGCUUCUCGUUUCAGUGCUUCUUCGGGGGGAGGAGGUGGUAGGGGUGCACCUCAGCACUAUCCCAAGACUGUCGGCAACAGCGAGUUCCUGGGGAAAACCCCAGGGCAAAGCGUUCAGAGAUGGGUUCCUUCACGAAGCACUAGACGAGAUGUCAACUCCAGCAACGAAAAAGAGCGUCACGAUGCAAUCUUCAGGAAAGUGAGGGGCAUACUCAACAAACUCACGCCUGAGAAGUUUGACAAGCUAUGCCUUGAGCUCCUGAACGUGGGCGUAGAUUCAAAACUCGUCCUUAAAGGAAUCAUCUUGCUGAUUGUAGACAAAGCCCUAGAAGAGCCGAAGUAUAGCUCGCUCUAUGCUCAGCUAUGUCUGCGCUUGGCAGAGGACGCACCAAACUUUGAUGGCCCUUCAUCUGAGAUCCAAACAUCCCAAAAACAGAGCACAACCUUCAGAAGACUGCUGAUUUCCAAACUUCAAGAUGAAUUUGAAAACCGCACCAGAAAUGUUGAAAUCUAUGACAAACAUGACAACCCUCUUACUUCUGAAGAGGAGGAGCAGCGUGCCAUUGCCAAGAUCAAGAUGCUUGGCAACAUUAAAUUCAUCGGGGAACUUGGCAAGCUCGACCUCAUCCACGAAUCUAUCCUUCAUAAGUGCAUCAAAACACUUCUGGAAAAGAAGAAGAGAGUCCAGCUCAAGGAUAUGGGGGAGGAUCUGGAGUGCCUCUGUCAGAUAAUGAGGACAGUGGGGCCGAGACUCGACCAUGAGAAAGCAAAGUCUUUAAUGGAUCAGUACUUUGGCCGUAUGCGAUCCUUAAUGAACAACAAGGAGUUGCCCGCUAGGAUCCGCUUCCUGCUGCAAGACACAGUGGAACUGCGAGAAAACAAUUGGGUCCCCCGCAAGGCUUUCAUCGACAACGGACCAAAGACGAUUAACCAGAUCCGUCAGGAUGCAGUGAAAGAUUUGGGUGUUUUCAUCCCAGCACCCAUGUCUCAGGGGAUGAGGAUGGACUUCUUCCUGGAAAGCCCCUUCAUGCCUAACAGAGUAAAACUGGACAGGGAGACUCUCGGGGGAUUGGCCGACAUGUUUGGACAGAUGCCAGGCAGUGGGAUUGGAACCGGCCCGGGGGUCAUUCAGGAUAGGUACUCGCCCACUAUGGGACGCCAUCGCACCAACCCGCUCUUCAACGGCCACAGUGGCCACAUUGCCCCUCCACCACAGUCACAGUUUGACAUGGGGCCAAAGUCUUUUGUUAAGUCCAACCAGGUUCAGAACCAGCAUUUCCUCAACCAGAACCAGAACCAGAACCAUAUGGCCCAGCAGCAGGUCCAGUCCAAGGACAUGCCUCCACGUUUCAGCAAGAAAGGACAGCUCAAUGCAGAUGAGAUCAGCCUCAGGCCUGCUCAGUCAUUCCUCCUCAACAAGAACCAGGUACCCAAGCUCCAGCCCCAGAUCCCCACCAUGAUGCCUCCCAGCACCCAGCCCCCUCGCACUCAAACCCCCCCUCUGGGACAGCCUCCACAGCUUGGCCUGAAGACCAACCCUCCGCCCAUCCAAGAGAAACCUCAGAAGACAAACAAGAAACCACCUCCUGCCAGGGAGGAACUGCUUAAAAUGACGGAGGCGAUCAUGACUGAGUACUUCAACAGUAAGAACCUGGCUGAGGCUGUGAGCGGCGUGCGAGAGAUGAGGGCUCCCAAGCACUUCCUGCCAGAGAUGCUGAGUAAGAUCAUUGUGUGUUCCCUGGACCGUCCUGAUGAGGACAAAGAGCAUGCCAGCACUCUGAUCCACACACUUCGUACUGAGGGCCUCAUCACUGGAGAGAACUUCAUGCAGGCUUUCCUCAACGUCCUGGACCAGUGCGCUAAGAUCGAGCUGGACGUGCCCCUGGUGAAGUCCUACCUGGCCCAGUUUGCGGCUCGGGCCAUCAUCGCAGAGCUGGUGAGCGUGGCGGAGCUGGCUCACCCCCUGGAGAACGGCACCCACUUCCCCCUCUUCCUGCUCUGCCUGCAACAGACGGCCAAGCUGAAGGACCGAGAGUGGCUCACCGACCUCUUCCAGCAGAGCAAGGUCAACAUGCAGAAGAUGCUCCCAGAAAUCGAUCAGAACAAGGACCGCAUGCUGGAGAUCCUGGAGGGGAAGGGCCUGAGCUUCCUGUUCCCGCUGCUGAAGCUGGAGAAGGAGCUGCUGAAGCAGAUAAAGGCAGACCCCUCUCCACAGUCUAUCUACAAGUGGAUUAAAGACAACAUCUCUCCCAAGCUUCACACUGAUAAAGGCUUUGUCAACAUCCUCAUGACAAGUUUCCUCCAGUACAUCUCCCAGGAGCUGUGCAUGGCGGAGGGCGAUGAGCAGCUGGCGGCCCCCUCCAAAGAGCAGCUGGAGCAGGAGAAACAGCUGCUACUGGCCUUCAAGCCCGUCAUGCAGAAGUUCCUGCACGACCAUACCGAGCUGCAGGUCAGCGCCCUCUACGCCCUGCAGGUGCACUGCAACGCCAGCGGGUUCCCUAAAGGCAUGCUGCUGCGCUAUUUUGUCAACUUCUACGACAUGGAGAUCAUUGAAGAAGAAGCCUUCCUUGCAUGGAAAGAAGACAUUACUCAAGAAUUCCCUGGAAAAGGAAAAGCUUUAUUCCAGGUCAACCAGUGGCUCACCUGGCUGGAGACAGCAGAGGAGGAGGAGUCAGAGGACGACGCAGAUUGAGAAACCAAGCAGAAGCAUCAUGGUGUAGAAGAUAAACCUUAUUAUUACAGUCGCCUUUCCUUUAUUAAACUCCAUGCUUAAUUUAACCACUACCAUGUGGCACUCAGCUGCUUCCGUCUUGCGAAUAUAAACCGAAAGCUUGUUACCUGUAGGGCCUCAUGUGUUACCACCAGUACCGUGAUGAUAGGCUGAGAAGCAUCAUUUGAUCUGUUGCCUAAUGGGUAUUUGUUUGUUUUGGAUCUGUGUCCUGAUCUGCUACAUGAAUUCUGAAGUGGCUCAACCAUGUGUAUUUUUUUUUUUUCUGACUGUAUUAAGUUUGUAACCUUUUUUUUUCUCACUGUAUUGCAUGUUUUUCAUUUUCACUCAAUUUUUACUGAUUUGAACCUUCCCCAAUAGGAAACAGCUUUAUUUAAAAACGUGUAGAAUUAAUGCUAGUUAAAAGCAUAAGACCAUUAACAAAAGCUCUUGUCGAUGACCUGCUUUGUGAUCUUCUGUAAGGGUCCAGCCUGGAUGUACUUCCAUCACACUCAUGUGAUCCUUAUAAACAGCAGAGGGGAUUUAGAAUCACCAGACAGGCUGCAGAUUGAUCCAUAUAGUGAAAAUCAAAGACAAUAUGUGACUUUCAGCCUUUGUGUCAGAAAGUAUGAUGAAUUGCAUGGGGGCCCACUGAAGUGAGAGCCAAGCAUAAGCUGGCAAAACAUUAAAAAAUGAAUUGAGGUGCGUGUUUAGUCUACUUAAAAGCCAAUCCUUCUUUUGUGAUUGAUUUACCCCCCUUUUACUGUCCUUCUUUGUUGACUUUUAUUACAUGAGUGGUUGCAAUACUCAUCCUCCAAAUGUUACAAUAUUUAAAAAAAAAAAUUGUAAUCAUUGGUGUGCCGCCGUAACGUUUCAAAGUUGCCUGUGUUUCUACCUCUUAGUUAGAUGGGCUUUUGUUAGUUUUUGUGCUGGGAUAAUAAGAUCUACUAAGAAGAACCUAGAGCCCAAGUACAUGCUGAUCUAUUUGAUUUAGUCCUGGCUUAAUUGCACAAUAAAUUUAUUGAAGCAGAUUUUUUCCUACGAAGCUUCAAAUGGUUUACGAGUAUUAAUAUUUAAGAACGAAACGUUUUUAUUGAUUUGAUAGCUCCACGUCCUCCUUCAGAAAUGUACCUGUUAAAAGGUGGGGUUUCAGAGAGUCAUUUCACCCAGAAUUUGGAGUGAAAAUGUGAAUGUGGCCUGUUUAUUUUGAUUGCUCAACAUGGAAAAUGAAACGUGAAUUUUUAAUGUUUUUCUUAAUUGACAAAAUAUAAGCAAACCCUUAAAAUAGGUUGCGAUUGACCCCAAAAUAAAGUAACAGCUUAAAUGAGUAAGAAAUGAUAAACAUCAACUUUUACCCAAGAAUUGUGCUCACAAGCCCUGUUUAUGUAUAAGGCAAUGGAUUUGGAUCAUAUUGUAAGGUAUUCAAAAUUAUUGUGCACCUCUAUUGCUUUAAUGUCAAUAAAGUCCAGUACAUGAGCACCGAAA